AUGCGCUUCAUGAUUCCACAGUUCUUGGCAUUGACGGCCUCAGCUGGAGCUGUUGGUAUCGCUGUCGUACUAAACAAUUCAAAAGAGCCUGUUUACGUGUGGUCUGUUGGCGGCUCAGUCGGUCCCCGUCAUGAUAUUAAGGCUGGUGGUAUCUACUGGGAACAAAUGCGUCGCGAUGAGAAGUCUGGAGGUAUUGCUAUCAAAAUUACGAAGACCGGGGAUGGUCUGUACACAGGCGCCCCUCAGCAGGUAUGGGCAUAUAACCUGGAUGGUGCUUCGGUCUGGUACGACCUCAGUACCGUCUUUGGGGAUCCUUUUGCUGGUAGCCGUUUAGAAGUUGCUGGAGAUAAUGGGGGUCUCAUCGUGUGGGCAAACGGGACUCAUCCAGGAGGUAGCCAGGUCGCUUCAGCCCCGAGCGAGGGAAACAUAUUUCUCACUAUCGAUCCUGCUGCUUGA